AUGACGCUGUCCACCGACAAUGCGUUGGUUGUCCCUCAUCCGCUGGGUCUUGACUACCACAUCUCACUCCAGACCCCGUACUGCAUACUGUGUCGCUAUGCUGUUCGACCUGGCGAGAUAAUUGCCGCAGUUUUCGGGCAUUGGGGCUCGCCGUCUUAUCUUGCAUAUACUCUCGGGUUUUCUUUCCCAACAGUCGCUCAAUUUGAAUAUGGCGCUACAGUCUAUGAGAAAUCGAGAUCGACCUCUUACCCAUGGCUGUUUUGUCGCAGAAGCGAUUGUUACAACUGUGCAACGCUGCAUGACACGUCCAUCUAUCAUAUAGACUGCUUCCAUAUAAUUAGCAAAAACACAGCAUCAAAGAGACCAAGUCUCCGUGAUAUUUGGACAAUUGCUUCGUGGACAGAGUCGCUACCCAAAACACGCUAUCAAGCACCGCCCGAUAUUACACUUGGAGCUGUAGCUGAUGAAACUCUCAUUGACGAUCAUGAAUCGAUUCUCGCUCGUGUUUGCAGCAUACCACAGGAAUUGAGAGACAUUAUUGCACAACGCUGUCCCGAAUCUCCUGCUUGGAGGCUUGUGUCAGCACUCAGCAGAUGGCGUAUUUUUCAACCUCUAUUAGACCCUGACAUUGAGAUCAAAGGGUUUUCGUUUGAUGAUAUCAAAUCUUGGUGCCGAAGAGAUGGAAUGGUUGCCGGUAGCGGUGGGAGCGGCAAAAUUAGGAUCCAACUGGAUGACCUUGGUGUAUCACGUCUGGACUACGUAAACGACUCACCUGCUCUGCCAACUGCGGCUUCUCGCUCUCAAAACGCGUGGUUUGUUGUGGAAGAAGUGUCUGAGAUGCAAGAGGCCCGCAUUGAAACCAAGGGACCGUUUAUGCGAAUUCACAAACUGCCAUCUUUCCAUUUAUGGGAUACACCAGUUCCACCUGAUCCGGCCCUCACUCGGUGGAAUCGUGAAAUUACAGGUAACCUGCGCAUUCUCCGCAUCCGGUCCAUCGCUCUUAAGGACAUCACGGGCCUCACUGUAUUUUGCCAACACGGCGCAGUGCGCUGGAUCUACCCUCACCACGAGGAGACUUUUCCUGGCCCUUACUCUUACCCAUGCGACAAUUCGCCUUCCAUGGCACAGCUCGUACCGUCGGCAAUAGAGAGCAGCUCCGUAAUAGCCAUUUUCUUUCCUCUCGCCAAAGGGGAGAAGAUUAGUUCAGUUUGGGUCCGCAGGUGUGAACCCUAUGAUGAUAGCAUCCCAGAUACCCUUGCUGUAAUCACGACAAGAGGCAGAUUCCAGCUGUUUGGCAAAUAUUUGUGUCCGACUCGACCAGAGGUCCAUUUCCAGCAAUUGAGUGGCAAUAAUACGGCCACGCAUCUCUUAUUCCAGGAUGUAGAUUUCCCGUUCCAAAGGGUUAGCUACUUUGCAGCUGUCUCAGCUUCAGUCAACAAUACCGGCAUCUCACCCCUCGCCCCAAGCCAAUUAGCCCAAUCGCGGGGAUUCAGCUGGAGUUCGAGCUUCUGUUAUGUAUCAAUAGUGGGAUUGGAAAAUGUUGAAUUGAUAUGGCUUUUCCGGCGGCAGGUUCCUGAAGGAACACCAGAAAGGGACCGUCUGUGUUUGGGAAUGAUGCUUCUAUAUGAGGAUGGAACGUUAGCAGCCGCAGGGAAUUGUCGCCAAGGACCGGACAUUGACGUGCAAGUUAUAAUGCUGCCGGGCUCAAUCCAUUAUAAAAUCAGCCACAAGGCUGGUGGAGUUGCCGUCGAGUGCGCUACACUGGACGGGGGCCGGGAUGCCAUUCUUGGUGAUGAAGAAGGCUGGCAGUCGAUUGACAUGCACUCUAGAUCAGAGAUGAGGUUUUGGUUUGAUGAUUCAAGAACCAUUUGGAUCACUUCACCUAGCACAUGA